GUAUUGAUAUUGCUGAGUAUUGCGUUUGCAAGAUAUUACAAGGAUCCAAGAGUGGCGGAACGCUUGGCUUUGGGGGUCACGAUGGCCUCGUUUGGUGUGGCGUUUGUCACAUUUAUUCUGCUACCGCUGGAUGUGUUGCUGGUGUCAUCGACGGUCGACCAUAAAACAGGCCUUAAAAAAUUAUGGGCCGAGCCAGAGACGAUUUAUUGGAUGACGUUUGCAGUGCAGCUGGCUUACUAUGUGUGUUAUGGUCUGACGAUUCUGUUCUGCUUUUUGGUUAUUCCGUUCACCUAUUUUUAUUAUGAUGACUCUGUGCAAGAACGGCCCACCAUCCGAGAAAAGUCACUAACUUCUCUGAGGUACACGUCCAUAUUUGGCAUCAUUGCCGCCGUCGUUUUUAUGUUGGGAUUGUUUGUUCGACCAACCGACUUGCCGCCACACAUUGAUCUUCCAUGGUACAAGAAUUUGUUGGCAGAAAGCAAUGGUUCCAAAGCAUUUUCAUUUGUCAUGGCAUGUUUGUAUGUGGUGGGUACCUUGAUUGCCAUUUUCUACACGGCGCCCGGAUUAUCGAUUCUCGCUUUCAACUUGAUCAAGGGAAAACGAAGCAUUGAUCAAGAAAAUGAAACGUUGGAACAUCGUUUGGCUUUGGUCAUGGAACGUCAAAGAGAACUGGAAGCCAAAUAUGCGAACGGAAACCAUGCCAUGUCCGUUCGUGAUGCGCGCGAGCGACAAAAUAUUGAUGAUGAAAUCCAUAUCUUGACUCGCCGCUUGCAAGGUGUUCACGAAGAUCAAUCGUCGUGGUUCCAACGCUUGUUGAAGUUACUGCGUCCAUUCCAGAUGCUUUUUGGAUUUUUACUGUUGGUGGUUUCUCUGGUCAUGGCGGGUUCCAUCGUCUUAUCAUUAAUCGACAAGAUCACCUUUUCAAUGUGCGGACGUAAAUGUGGUUAUAUUUUAACCAAGACAGAUCUAUUCAAUCCUAUGGAUUAUCUGUUUGUCCAAGUGGAACGUGUUUUCCCUCUGGAUCUGAUUCUCGUGGCAUUAUUUGGACUGUAUUACUUUUUGAGCACGAUGGCCGGCGUAGUGAGGGUCGGAGUCCGGUUUCUUUGGAUUACUCUGUAUCGCAUCAAACAAGGAGCCACGACCCCUCAAGGGCUUUUGUUGUCUUCUAGCCUUGUCAUACUUGGGUUGCUCGCCAUGAACUAUUCCCUCGCCACCGUCAUGGUCCCCAGUUACGCUCAUUUUGGCAGUCAAGUCUACUGUAAUUUCACCAAGGGUGGACGUCGCGACUGUGCUCAUCACUUUGGCAUGAUUGUGCCUUGCGAUAUUUAUGGUCCGACAGAUAUAUGCACGCCUACGGUGACUUCCACGUUCUUGGAUCGAAUGACGGUGAAUGCACCAUUUUUUGGUGAUAUGCUUUAUUACGGACAGUGGCUAUUCUUGUUAUCGUUUGGUCUUGGCCUGAUUGUGUCGUUGUUCCGAUCACCAACAAAUACCGCCGCCGAGAACACCAAUGACUUGAUUGAUGCAGAAGAACGAGAAGGAUUAUUGGACGGCAGACAACAUACGUAUGGUAGCGAAGCGUCUGCUUAA